CCUUGAAGAAGAACCGUGGAAGCUCUCUGUUUUUCACGAUCCCAACAAUGGCGGCUGCGAAAGAGAUCCUACUACGGCGACCAGUGGCGGCGACAAUCAGGCUAACCGUUCCGGCGGGAGGCGCAAGACCAGCACCACCGGUAGGUCCGGCGCUAGGUCAGUACAGGCUUAACCUGAUGGCAUUCUGCAAAGACUUCAACGCUCGGACUCAAAAGUACAAACCAGACACCCCGAUGGCCGUGACGAUAACGGCGUUCAAGGACAACUCAUUCGAAUUCACCGUCAAGUCUCCUUCCGUGUCGUGGUACGUCAAGAAAGCAGCUGGAGUCGACAAAGGGAGCACUCGUCCUGGACAUUUGACGGUGACGACGCUUUCGGUGAGACACGUGUACGAGAUCGCGAAGGUGAAGCAGACGGAUCCGUUUUGUCAGUAUAUGCCGUUGGAGUCGAUUUGCAAAUCCAUCAUUGGUACUGCUAAUUCUAUGGGUAUCAAGAUCGUUCAGGGUUUGGAGUGAUUUUUAAGGGGUUUCUCGAUGGAAGAGAGAUUGUUCUGUGUUUUUUUUUUGUUGUUUUUGUUUGUUUGUUUCAAUUGAUAAAAUGGAGCUCCAAAGCUUUUCAGUCAGGUAUUGAGAAACUAAAUUAGAGAUUGAGUUUGUGGAUUGGCUGAGAGAGAUUCAGUUUGUUCAACUUUGAUCGAUUGAAUAAUUUGGAAAGUACAGAGUUUGUGUUGUUGUU